AUGAACAGGGAGCAGAAGAAAAGAAUUACACAGAACAUCACUUGUCUGAAAGAAAGACUGAUUGACCUUGACCCAAUUCUCGACCUCCUGAUAGAGCGGGAUGUUCUCACAAUGGGACACAGGAACCAGAUCGAACAAAUUGCUUGUCCCACCAACCAAAGGAAGUUCAACGAGUUUAUAUCAGUUCUGUUGGCCUCUCCCGAACCCAGUGCUUACCAUGUAUUUAUCGAGGCUCUACAGGCAGAGAGACAUCAAUUCAUCGUGGAUAAACUACAAAACACGGUCGUCAAGGAGAACCCGUACCAGAUCCCGAGAACAUCGGCAUACAUACCUGGAAGCCGCGAGGCGAGGCCAAGCAGUCGUCAAGCAGUCGUUCAUCAUCAGACAAGAAAUGUGAAUGAGGGCGCUGGUGCUGCUUCUGGGACACAUCGCGUGCCUAAUAUGGUCCAACAAGACAUGACCUUUCAGAUGACUAAUGUGCUGGCCCAGUUUUGUGAGAAAAUGACAGAAAACUUCGCAGUGCAGUUAGAGAAAGAGCGUCGCCAUUAUCAAGAAGACAUGGACAAGCGAAUUGAGGAAAAGUUUAAUUUGUUUCAGCAGGAUUGGUGUGACCAGAAGGACGAACUGCUUCAGAGGAACGAGGAAGCCAUUAAUCAUCUCAAAGAAUGUGUAGAUAAACUCCAUCAGUCCAACGUUGAGUACCAACGUCUGAGGGAGAAAUACGAGAAAUUGAAAAGCACACAACGCGAGAUGAGAGACAAGGAAAAUGAACGAUGGAAAAAACUGACUCAAAUGAACAUGGAUAAUGUAGGUCUACGUAAGGAAAAUGAAGAGUUGCGUCGCAGAAUAUCAGGUCUUCAGGACCAGGUUCUUGAUUUAAAUGGUGAAGUUCGAGUUGCCAGGGAUAAUGAAAAUCAGGAUAGAGCAGAAAUCGAACGAUUGACAGUAGAGAACACGAAACUAGAACGUGAACUGGAAGACAAGGUGAGAGAGGCAGAAAAAAUCAAACAGGAAGCAGAAGAAAUGUACGCCAAAAUACAAACGGAUAUUACGUCACAGAGGCAUAAUUCAGCAGAAAGUGAAUAUAAAGAGGCUUUGGAGAGACAAAACACCAAGCUGGAUGCCAUAUUUGCCGCCAUGGAUGACCUGAAAUCUUCAGACAAAGCGAUCUCACCAAAAACACUGGUGCCGCGCACAGUGACCAUUGGUGUAAACAUGCCACAGCGAGGUCAGAAGACAACCAAAAAGUAA